CAUGCCAAUUAGCUCUUGGUUUAUUCAUGUUCCCGUGCGCGGGCAGGGGCUCAGAAGCUAGGCGAUAGCUAGCUAGCAAUUUCUAACAAAAUGUAUACGUUUUCGUUUGCCGAGAGAAUGCCCUAGGAGCACAGCAGCCAAAGAAAUGUUUACGUGAAACGAUACCGCUUAUUUGGGAAAUUGCGAAAUAAUCUUUUGCCCAUUUUAAUGACCAGCAAAUCUCUUUUUUUUCGGCCCCUGGAGCCACAGCGCUCGAACAAGAGAGCAUCCGAGCACCGUUUGCGGAUGUGAAGAAGUGACCUGUUAUUUGGGGGAGUAACGUCAGCUAACCUACAGUAGACUGUUAUUUGACUGGACGCUCCAGAUACCACUUGAAGGCCACAAAUGAAGUGAAAGCAGGGGAUUUUCUUCCAUCUUUCCCCACAGGUCUGAGCUCCACACAGCUGUUCUCCUCUGCACUAGCUAUAUCCUCCAUCACAGCCCCUUCACCAAGCACCCUUGCCAGUUCUUCAGUUCGACUUGCUGAAAUGGAUUGGGCCACACCAGCUGCCAAACUGAAUCCCUACACCCGAGCCCGCAUGACAGAGGCCUGGCAGCAGCAUGCGGUUGCUCCACCUCCAGUCGUCCACACCAUCCCUCCAGGAGCUGAGAAUGCGUUGGGCUGUGCAGUGUAUGGCAUUGUCCUGCAGCCAGAUGCUACGUCUUUACAGCAGCAGCCGCAGACCCAGCACGGACAGCACAGCCAACACAGCCAACAACACAGCGGGAGUCAGCAGCAUGGAGGCGGGCAGCACAGUCAGCAGCAGCACCCUGCCCAGGCCCAGCAGACCUCCCUACAGGUAGGGGCCGAAGGAGGACACAAGUGUGGGGCCUGUGGACAUGAUAUCUCCCACUUGGCCAACCCACAUGAGCACCAGUGCAUGGUGAAUCAGGACAGGUCAUUCCAGUGCACCCAGUGCAUGAAGAUUUUCCACCAGGCGACAGACCUGCUAGAACACCAGUGUGUUCAGGUGGAGCAGAAGCCGUUUGUGUGUGGGGUGUGUAAGAUGGGCUUCUCCCUACUCACCUCUUUAGCCCAGCACCACACAUCCCACAACAGCACCAACCCGCAGAAGUGUUCAAUAUGUGAAAAGACCUACCGACCCGGAUCUUCUGGCAACGUCACACCCAACUCAAAUAAUCCCCAGCAGCCCAACAGUGACGGGGCGUCAGCAAGCAGCAGCUCGUCCAUUCUACCCUUUCCCUCAGCCCGAGACCGGCCGUACAAAUGCUCCGUUUGCCAGAAGGGCUUCAAACACCUGUCAGAACUCACACGGCACGAGAGGGUGCACACGGGAGAGAAGCCCUUCAAAUGUGACACGUGUGACAAGGCCUUCAGCCAGUCGUCGCACCUGCAGCACCACCAGCGAACACACAGCAGCGAACGCCCGUUCAAGUGUGCCGUUUGUGAAAAGAGUUUCAAGCACCGCUCCCACCUUGUGCGCCACAUGUAUGUGCACUCUGGGGAGCACUUGUUCAAAUGCAACUUAUGUGAGCUGCAUUUCAAAGAGUCGUCGGAGCUCUUUCACCACCCCUGCCACCCGCAGGGUUCCCGCCCGUUCCGCUGUGCCACGUGUGGUAAGGGUUUCAAGCGGCCGUCCGACCUUCGGCAACACGAGCGCACACACUCGGAGGAGCGCCCCUACCACUGUGACGAGUGUCAGAUGAGCUUCAAGCAGCAGUACGCACUGGUGCGCCACCGACGCACACACAAAGACCCUACUGACCGGCCGUUCAAAUGCAAUCUGUGUGACAAGGGCUUCAUGCAGCCCUCCCACCUCCUGUACCACCAGCACGUCCACGGCAUGGACAACCUGUUCAAGUGCGCCUCGUGCCAGAAGGAGUUUAGCCAGUCGGGAGAGCUGCUCAGGCACAAGUGCGGCGAGUCGUCCAACACCUCGCCCGACAAGCCGUACAAGUGUGACGUCUGCGGCAAGGGCUACAAGAAGGGGUCGACGUUACAGCGUCAUCAAAAUUCUCACUGCCAAGAGAAGCCCCUCAAGUGCUCGCUGUGUGACCGCCGCUUCCUGUCCUCUUCGGAAUUUGUCCAGCACCGCUGCGACCCUUCGCGGGAAAAGCCGCUGAAGUGCCCUGACUGUGAGAAACGUUUCAAAUACUCAUCAGACCUGAACCGACACCGGCGCGUGCACACCGGGGAAAAGCCGUACAAAUGCGGCCACUGCAACAAGGGCUUCAAACAGCGCGAGCACCUGACCAAACACGCAAGCACACACUCCAGAGAGGGCCAGUUCAAGUGUGUUUGGUGUGGCGAGCGUUUCAGUGACUUGGGCUCUUUGCAGGAUCACACUGUGCAGCACACAGCCGAUGGAGGGGGUUACCCAGUGCCCCAGUGCAUAUAAAUCCUUUUUCCCUUGAACAGACAGUCCCCUAAACUCCUGUCUCCUCGUCCAUCCCUUGUAGGCUAUUUAUUCAGCCUAACUAUCUCCGCAUUUGCAGGACAGUCCAGGCUAUUAUUAUUGCAUUCAUUACUACCAGUGAUACAUCAAGUUUUUUUUUGCUUUACUAACCUGCCCCAAGCCCUUUAGUACUUUAGCCCUGUCAUUUCAUAAGAUCCUGAGCGUUUCUCACUCCCUGCACUUUCCUCUUUGUUCCACCUCUUUUUCUUCUUAUACCUGACCUCUACCCUUUUUCUCAGCCCCACAAUUAGACAGUUGAUAGCAGUGAAGAGGCCACAACCACUUAAACUGCCAUAAGUCAUACUUAGGCUGCAUUCACAUCAAAUCAGGCGUUGUGCAGUGGUGUGAGAGUGGCCCAUUUGUUUCUCCAUUGUAUUCCUAUGGUGCUAGCAUUUAGCCAUGCUGCUAGUAUGCCGGGUACUAUGAGUGAUUGUCUGUCCGCAUUGACAGAUUUAAUAAAUAAAAAAACAUUUACUUUCACUAACUACCCGGGAUGCAAGGCAAGACUUAACAUUAUGGUGGGAUUUAAACUGGUGCACAAGGCCAAAUUGAGUGAUUACACGUGAAACAUGAUGUUACACUUACAUUGUCUUUUGUCUGAUUGGCAGUUAAGUGAUAUGUCACCACAGCGUGACGUCGGGUUGCGUUUCUCCAAAAGUCGAAUGUAUCUCAACUUUUCGGCAUACCCUGCGGUCCCCACCGCCGCAGCCUAAAUGCACUUCCCAUAUUCAAAUGAAUUGUAGGACUGCCGUUUUUGCAGCAACGCCUGAUUUGGUGUGAAUGCAGCCUUAAUCAGACUGUUGCAGACAAAAACGGGUUCCAUAAUGCAAGUUGAUCCAGCAAAUAUAUCCCUCCUAAAUUUCUCCCCUCAGAAAAGGAAAGAUUGAAUGUAAAUCUCCCUUAAUUGUUAUAUAAGACAGACAUAGUUUUUUGUGUGUGUUUUUAAGUAGUUUGGCAUUAAGUAGGUUUUAAGGUUUACUGAAUAAAUCAAUAGAGUUAAGUUCAGUAUCCACCUAAACUGACGGGGCCAAAGACUUGAAAGUCUUGACUGCUAGAGUGUCCACUAGAGGGGGAUCAUUUCCUUGUUUUUAUCUUUCCCCCUCUCUUUCUCCGAUGACCUCUUUUCCCCGCUCUUAAAUUACUCCCCUCCCCUCAUUCUUCCUCUCAUCUUUGCUUCCUCCUCUUCCUGUCGCUGUUUAGUAUCGGAAGACUGGGAAGUUUGACUAACCCCUCAGCCACUUUUGGUUUUCAUCUCCCCACAGUAAUUCAGAAACUGUGUAUUGUCCUGACCCGACUCCCUGUGUCCACAUCACUUUUUUAUUUUUUUAUUUUUUUUUUUAUGAAAUAGCCAGUAAACUCCCUCAACGUAUGUGAAGGGAAACCAUGUAGGGGGGAGUUUGGGGAUUAAUUGUCCUAUAGUGAAAUACCAAAACACCAGUAUGAAGAGGCAGCACCUGAUCCCAAAGGUGUGUAGACUAACCAACCAGAUGAAGUUAACCGUCAAUAAUAAGAAAAAAAAAACCUGAUGAUUGAUACCAAUCUCACACUCCAGUAUAGACAACUAUAGAAGCAUAUCUUUCUCACUAAUAUAAUGGUCAUAUUCCUGCAGACAUCAGUGCUGUUAGACUUCUUUGUACUGAAAAUGUCCAAGUUUGAACAUUACACUUCCUCUCUCAGCCUGUACAUACUAUGGAUCUGUGGGUGUACUUAGCCAGGUAAGUUGAAAAUGUCAGAACUAGUCUUUCUUAAAAACAAUAUGUAAGAGCUGUUUUUGUAUUCUUGCUACUUUUUACUAUGUGAAACAUUUGGACAAAUGCUCUUUUGUUCUUUUUGUAGUCCAUGUAGUGAUUGUAUCUGUAUGUUGCAGGGAAUCUUAAAGAACACCGUGUGUGUGUGUGUGUGUGUGUGUGUGUGUGUGUGUGUGUGUGUGUG